AUGACGGCAGUUGUAAGCGGAACUUUUGUCGGUACUUACAGAGAAUCAUAUGAAACUAAUCCAUUACUGAAGAAGUCUGAAUUAGGACGUCCAUUAAAUCGUGGCUUUACCCUGCCUGGCGAUGAUUUUGUUUACGGUGUGGCUAAUCAUGAUAAAGGUGGCGGCGCUGCUCAGGCUAUAAUGCAUUGGAAUAAAGACUUAAAUCAUAAGACGAAAUUGCCUGCUUUGAAGAAGAAAGAGCAGCAACCGAAAGAUUUUAUUACGAUGAAUAAAGCUGCAACUCAAUCUGGUAUAACAACAUCUAAGGAACAAGCAGAGUUUAGAGAAGUCAAUGAAAUUAGACUAAAGAAAUCAUACGAGAGGAGAGCUAAACAAGCUCAUAGGAUACCAGUAGAAGCAGUCUUCGGUCAUCCCACAAGGCCAUCUACGCCAGUUUUUGAUCUGUUGGAACAUAAAUAUCAAGAGAAAUGGAUACAAGAAAAAAGACAGCAUGAGCUUCAUACCCGCGAGAAGAAGCAGCAAAAGAUGUUAAAUGGCAAGAUAUAUGAAACUAAGGCUUCUCUUCUACGGAAAUUUGAACCACCUGUACAACAAACUUCAUUUUGGCAUAUGCCCAAAUGGGAGAAGGUUCCGGCACAUUUAGAAACUUUUAGAUCAGUUAAAGCACGUGAAGCAUCAUUUCAAAAGCUUUAUCAGGAUGGAACAGCUCGUAAAGCUAUACAUGAGCUAGGUGGAUGGUUAAAGCAAUAUUUUAUAGUAUCCGAUAUCAUUAACGCAGUAAUAUACAUGAUUCGUAACUUAUUUGCAGUAGAUGUAAGACGGAAUUAUCGUCGAUCUUGUAGCAGGGAGCUGACAACGUGUUUUAAUUCACGAUUGAAGUGUCCCGCAUAG